AGUCAGAGUCCCAAUGCUCAAACCACACUGGUUUCAACAGUGGAGAAUAUGAUCCAUGUGCUUCUGGCUUGUAACUUCAAACCAGCAUUCCUGACCGUCGGCCAUGCUGUCUAGGGCUGCUGGGAGUUGCAGUGCCAAACGAGCGCAAGAGCCUGAGAGGUUCUAGAAUGUGGGGCCGGAAUGCCCUCCGGCUUCCGAUGUUCCGUCCGAAGAUGUCACAAGAUGGAACGAGGGAGGCCAGGCAAGCCAUGGGUCUCCUCCUCUGGAGCCUGGCGCGGGUGCUGCUCCUGGCACCCAUCCCUUCUUCCUGGUCCUGCCUGCAGUGCGAGCCCAAUUUUGCCAUCCGCUUCGCCUCCUAUGCCCCACACUUGAGCCGCAAGUCCUGGGGGUUGGGGGAUGUGCCGGCGGCCGGACGGAGGCUGAGAGGAUGGGCCCAAGACACCCUCAAGGGCUUGAACCUCGGGGUGCCACCUGAGAUCCCUAUGGAGGAACUCCAGAGGAUAGCAACCAAGGUGUAUGGAAAACUCGACACUUUGUUUAAAGGCAAGACAUACAAGCCAGGUGUUCUUCCUGAAAUCCUGCGUUCCAUUUUCGAGGAACAAAUCAAAAUGCUACGGAAUGCCAUCAUUGAAAGCAGAGUGAAGUGUGAACGCCAUUGUGGAAUAAACCAGUACGAUGCAAUCUCUUGUGAGACCUGCAACAAGACCAAACCCACUUGUUUUGGAUAUAACUGCGAGUCCUCCGAAGGUUGGGAAGCCGCGCUGAAGGGCAUCUACAAAUACUUAAGCGGCUUGAGCUCGGAGCCACAAAAGUGGGCAGUAGGAUUAAAGCAGCUCCCUGGAUUUAGCCACUGCACAUCCACAAGCCCGGAUAAUCUGAAUUUUACAAGUAUAUCGAAUACUCUCUCGAAAAACUGGCUCAACAUGAGGGCCCUGAAGGAUCUGCAAGAGCAAACGCCUUCUUCCCUCCAGUUGCUGGCUCCCAAGUGCUGAAUUCUUUCUGCAAAAAGGAAGGCAGUCAAGUUGACACACGGAAAUUGAACGGACGCAAGUGACCAACCUGGCAGCCAUGUGCUCUGUUAAUUCAACCCCCCCCCCCCCCCCAGCACAUUCAUUUCUUCCUUCAAGCAUUUGGUAAUCUCAGGAAAAGUGGGGGGAAAGAACGCGGGGAUUCAAGAUCUUCCUUUUAGCCCUGGAAAGCUUGGGACUAUGUUAUUCCCCUAAGAAAAGUUUCACGCAAUGCCAACUCAACAUGAACCUCUAUGGAAUGCUUGCAAAAAUAUAAUUUUGCCUGCCUCUCCUUUUAAGCCUGUUGUGUUGCGUCAUUGUUUGCAGUCUUCUUUUUCCCAUGCGGGGAAGGUGUGUUAUUUAUGGGGUCCCUGAGUUGGCUACCCGUUUUAGCCCAUGAAGAGGCUCUUCCCUCCCAAAAGUAAGUGGCCUGAAAGUCAAAUUCCAAACAGUUGGGAAAAUGGCCCUUCUGAACCCCGAAAAUGUGGUGGAAUGGAGUGCCAUGGGUUCCAGAGAGUGAGGUGACAUUUGGGAGCAAGAUAUUUCCAUUUUGGGAACGUGUGAGGCCUUCCAAAGUCCCCUAACCUCUAACAGAUGCCACAUUUGUGUUAUUUUCUUUCCCAUUGCAAUAUUUGUAUUGAAGGGGCUCUUUCUAGAAAUGCAACUGCCUCACUUAAGA